AGCGCGGAAGGCCUGGGACCGGUGUCGGAUCGCGCAGUUAGCGCCGCCUGUUCUGGGGCGGGCGGGGUCUCGGACCCCCUAAGUGUCUGGAUGGGGCUGUGUUUUCCGUGCCCGGGGGACUCCGCUCCUCCCACGCCCGACCCGGCAGAGAAAAGAGCAAAGCUUGCAGAGGCUGCAGAGAGAAGACAAAAGGAGGCUGCAUCUCGGGGAAUUUUGGAUGUCCAGUCUGUGGAAGAAAAGAGAAAGAAAAAGGAAAAAGUAGAAAAACAAAUAGCCACAUCUGGGCCCCCACCAGCAGGAGGACUUAGAUGGACAGUUUCAUAAAGCAUGACAUGAAUGGGAGAGUCUACUGCCAGUAGUUGUUCAACAUCUGCAAUCAAAUGGAAUUCCUUAAUUUAAUUUCUUCUCUUUGAAUACAAGAAGAGUUAAACUUUGUAAUAUUAGUGCCCUCAAGUGCAGUGCUAAGUCCGUACUAAAGGUAUUGGAAAAACUUGAUUUUCAAGCUUAGGAAUUAGUGAGACCUUUCAUUAAAUUCUUAUUUUCCUAUGUUUGCUCUUCUAUAGAAGUGAUUUAUUUUUUCAUAGUUAAAAUGUGGAUCUAAGGCUGGGGUGUAGCACAGGGGAAAGAGUACUUGCCUACCUUGUGUGAGGCACAGAGUUCAAUUUCCAGAAUCACAAAAAUAUGUGUACAGUUUUAAAUAGCAUAUAUACAUUACAUGUAAAAAUCCUGCAUACACCUCUAAUAUUAAACCUUGCAAUUAUAGUUCCUUCCUUUAUAAAAUGACCUACCUGCUUAUAGUUGUGCUGCAUGACCUUAUAUGUGUUUUUAUUUUACUACAUUUGAAAUCUUUUGCUCAAACUUAUGGACUUAGUGCCUUUAAAAUGAUCAUCAGGGAACAUCUUGAGAAUUCGUUUGAAGGGCUUAUGUGAAGAAUGCUAUACAUUUUUAUAACUUAGUAAUGAAUAUUUAUAGGUAAAUGUUGAAUCUCUAUUUAUUUUAUAUUUCUAUAGCUUAUAAAAUUUACAGAUCAUUUUACAUUAUAAUAAAGGCUAUCUUUGCUGAAUUUAAAAUUAUAUAUUAGUCGUACCAUCAGAGGGCAGUGAUGUACUAUUGUGUAAUGUCAGACUCAGCUCUUUAAAUUCUAUGUAGAAAUUAAUGAGCUAAAGAAUCUGGAUGAAUUAUGAGAGAAGAAUGUAUUCAUUCAUAAGCAUUUUUAUUCUUUUGUAUUUAUUAAAGAAUACUUAUACGAUUCAUACAGUUGUAAAAUUGCCAAGGCAAGUAUGAAUGUAAGAAAAAGCAACAUGUACGUACAGUAUUUUAAAAAUUCUACUUCAAAUAUAAAAAUAUUAGGUAAUUCUAUAUGAAGCAUAGAUGUAAAUUUUUUUAUUUUUAUUAAGAGCUUAAGGUUAGUAGUAUUUUAUUUUUCUUUUUGAUAUAUAAUAAGCUAAAAUAGAAGAAUUACUAUUAACCAUCAUGGAUGCUGACUCUUCUAAAUGGCAGGGUCACAUAUCUGAGCCCUAAAUUAGAAUAUCUAGAUCCUAAUUGCCAAUAGAGGCUAUAAAUUAAAUAGACCACCCCUCUUGAUUUACAGAAGGAAAACUGAGCCACUAUUUCACUCAUCCCUCCUACAGGCUUCUAUUGUAUUGCAAUGCAAUUGUACAUGUUACUUUUUUUUUUUUUAAGAGAGAGGAGAGAGAGAGAGAAUUUUUUAAUAUAUAUUUUUCAGU